AUGCAAGAUAUUCCCAAUAGAGAAUCACCAAUAUUUAAUGAAAUAGAUAGUACACCAGAAGAAACAGGAGAUUAUCAUUUAAAAUUAUGUUUUUGUCCUUUUUGUCAAUUUGGAAUCAAGUCUAUGGGAUUAGAUAAAAAAGAGAACAAAAAAAUUAUUUCAUGGCAAUUAUUGUGUCGUUCAAUUUUAUAUUCUCUUUCUGUUGUUAAUGCUCCUCGUAUUUAUUUUUCAUUAAAAAAAGAUAUUUAUUGGUGGAUUGUUGAUCACUGGUAUUGUUUUGGUUCAUUACAACAAUGUUUGCAUUUCUUUCUAUUUAGUUUUAAGAUUUCUCAUUAA